AUGAAAUAUUUGCAUAUGACUCAGGCUAAUUGGCAUCGUAACGAAUAUGAUGACACUUUUGAUCUUGUGUUUUGCUCUUCUAACUGCAAAACAUCUGUUGACAUUGCUGCUGCACCACUGCUGCCCAUUGACCCACCUCAUCCGCCGUUGGAAAUAUCUGUUCCUGUUCAACAAACGUGCCGGGUUGACGAUCGGAAUCCAUUUUGCAAUAAGCGCAUUCUGAACUUUGGCAAAAUUGAUUACGGCGAAUUACGUGGUUACCUCUCUACUGUUGACUGGGAUUGCCUAAAUGCUUGUCAGAAUGUCAAUGAUAUGGCUGCCAGUUUCUGUUCGAUUGUUCAGCAAUGGUUGCAAAUGAACGUUCCAUCAAAGAGACGGCCUUUUUCGCCUGCCUGGGGUACCCCACUGUUACGUGAACUUAAACGCGAAAGAAAUGCUUGCCAACGAAAGCAUCGCGUGCUACGAUCUUCUUACAGCAAAAUUGGUUUCCAGCGCGCCAGCAAAGCGUAUCGAAAGCUGAACUCGGCUUUAUACAAAGCUUAUGUCAUGAAAAUGCAGUUUAACCUCCGACGUAACCCGAAAAGUUUCUGGAAAUUCGUUAACAGUAAACGAAAAAACUCUACCGUGCCGUGCAACGUGGUCUUGGAUGAUAUUGAAGCGAAACCUGCUGAAUCUUCCGAGCUCAUCGCAAAAUUUUUUGCAUCGGUUUUCGACGAAACUCCUGCCUAUGAAUUCGAAGCUGAGUCUGCUUCAUCAGACGUUCCUAUGGACUGCAUUAAUCUGACAUCGUUUGUGGUUACUCCUGCAAUGGUUAUCUCUGCUGCGAAAAAGCUGAAAAGUUCAAAUUCUACGGGACCUGACGGUAUACCGUCGGUGAUGUUCUGUCGCUGUGCUUUUGAUUUUGCUGCGCCACUCGCAGCCAUUUUCACCCGCUCCCUCAACGAUGGAGUUUUUCCCGAAAUUUGGAAGCAAUCGUUUAUGUUUCCCGUGUUCAAAUCUGGCGACAGAAGAAACGUAAGAAAUUAUCGAGGAAUAGCAAGCUUAUCGGCAACGUCAAAGCUAUUCGAAAUAAACGUCAGUGAUGUGAUCCGUAGCCAGUCUAUAAGCUACAUCUCUAAUGAUCAGCACGGUUUCAUGCCUGGGAGAUCUGUUACCACGAAUUUGUUGAAUUUCACCAGCACCUGCAGGGUUGCCAAUGUUUCAGUUUAA